AGGAGGGAAGGGGGAGGGGAGGGGUGUGGACUUUGACAGACGUACAUUACACGGUUCACAGUACCACUGCCACGUCACAACUGCCCAAACAUCCGCCUCUGACACACUUAUUAGAGCAGCUUCAACAGGAGAGAGAGAGAGGGAGAGACCGGGGAGAGGCCGCUGUGAGGAUGGCGGGGAUGGAGGUCCAGUACAACCUGAGGAACCCUGCUGUCAAACGUUUAAUGAAAGAAGCACAAGAACUAAAGGAUCCGACAGAACAAUACCAUGCACAGCCUUUGGAGGAUAAUCUCUUUGAAUGGCAUUUCACAGUUCGGGGUCCACCAGACUCUGAUUUUGAUGGUGGAGUGUACCAUGGCCGAAUUGUGCUUCCUCCAGAGUAUCCCAUGAAGCCACCCAGCAUCAUUCUCCUCACGCAAAAUGGAAGAUUUGAGGUAGGAAAAAAGAUCUGUUUGAGCAUCUCAGGGCAUCAUCCUGAAACCUGGCAACCAUCCUGGAGCAUACGAACUGCAUUAUUAGCUAUAAUCGGUUUCAUGCCAACUAAAGGUGAAGGAGCCAUUGGUUCCUUGGAUUACACUCCUGAAGAGAGAAAAGCACUAGCCAAAAAGUCACAAGACUUUAACUGUGAAACCUGUGGCUCUAAUGUGAAGCUAGCCUUGCUUCCAAGUACAACAGCCAGCAUUCCAAGCCAGGCUGACAAGGAGGCCAAAGAAUUAGCUAAACGGAUCAAUUUUAAGGCAGAGACAAAUUCUGCUGCUGCCCCUGUUCCUAUUGCUGCUGCUGCUGAAUCUGGUCCAGCACCAAUACCUGAACCAAACAUAAAUCAAGAUACUUCAGUGUCACAACAUGCUCCAACCACUCAAACUACUCCAGAAGUUGAAGGGGCAACUGAGACCAUUGCUGAUAGCACUCGUACUACUACUCCGGAAUCGUCCCAGAGCAGACCCAACAGUACUUCUCUCAGCCCAAGGCAACGACGUGCUCAGCAGCAGCUGCAACAAGCAAGGCGUCCAAUUUCGCCACCGUACCCUCAAGUCCAUCGGCCAGCAACUGCUAAUCACAUAGCGUCGACCGUCCUAAUUGUUGUGCUCACAUUAGCACUGGCUGCGCUCAUUUUCCGGCGGAUCUACAUGGCUAAUGAAUACAGAUUUGACUAUGAAUUAUAACAAUUGGUUGCUUUACAUAGCCAUAGACUGGGUUUAAUAUAUCCGAGUAUCAUGUACUAGAGGGGUGUUUUAGAUUUCCAGAGGCUUGCUCAAAAUGGAAGGUAGAAAGUGUGCAUAAUUAACUAGCCUUGGGGAUAAUAAACAGAGCGCUUCACAGAUCUUAAAACUCACAAUGGAGCCUGUUGGAGAUCAGUUCUGAUCAAAUUCCAUGCCAAUACUGAAUGGAAACAAGCUAUUUAAUUAUACUCCACAAGAGCCCCCGCCUCUCUUGUUCCACUCAUCUAUAAUUCCUGUCAAGGCUGUGCUGUGCAAAAGGUCAGUCGUGCUGAGGGUGCUGAAUUUCAGUUUGCUGAAAAGUUUCUGUGGACCACUGUAAAAUUCAUCAGAUGCAACUUUCACCGCUUUGACCUGGCAGUGAGUGUUGUAAUAGAUUAUGUGAUUGGACAUUACUUGGGUAUGCAGUUAAAUAACUUGCAUUUUUGAAUGCAGAGUGCGUGUCUCUCCAUUGUCAGGCAAAAUGCAUAGCUGUUUAGAAUCAUAUGGUACGGAAAUUGGUCAUUUUGUUAUACUCCUCCCGAGCUCCCACCCCUCCUAUUCCCCUCACCUAUAAAUUAUCACCUCUUGUAACAUUAGAUUUAUGCUGCAUAUGGGGAUUUCAUGGCAAUACUUCAAAUUAAAUUGAAGACCAAUAUAGAUCUAGUCAGCCAAUUAACAUAAAGUAUGCACACAAAGAAAAGUUGCCUGUAGAGAUAAUAUUGCCAAAUAUAGUUUUUGUAGAAAAUCAUUAACUUUAGUCCUCCUCUGCCAGUAGGUACUCCUACUUUCUCCAUGACCAGGUCUUGUUGAAUUUACAUACCAAAUUGAAAGCUUUCAUACAUAGAGGAGCUGAAUUGUUACGAUGUUAGAUUGGGGAGGGUUCCAACUGGUCAAUCAGCGCUAAGUGGCGUCUCGUGCAUGCUCAAUAAAAACAAGUGAUAUUUACCGCAAUUUAUAACGUUUGUAUUUUUAUUCUGAGAUGCAUCAGAUAUUUCUUCCAUCAGGCUUUGUUUUCAAUUGGAUUAAAUAAUUACGUAGUUCUAUCGCUCCUUCCUCUUUUUAAUCAUGCGUGUGAGUGCCACUCAGCAACAAUUGAUCAGUUGGAUAUCCCAGUGUUAAGUGAUAUGAAAUGGGUGGAAAGGGAAAUCAUCAGGUCCUCUAAAAGUGAGUAGACAAUACAUGCAUAACUGUUCUUUGAGUGAUUUUUUUUCAUCUUUUGGUAAAAGAGCAAGUAGCAUUUGUCUUGCGGAGAUUAUUAAGAGGUUACUUACUUGUAGAACAAUCUCUGUUAGUGAAAAGAAGCAGAAAUACGAGCUUGCUGAAGUUGAUAUUUUGUGUACCUACCUGAGGUCUGAUGCAUAUUGACUUAGGCAUUGGGGGGCUGGCCACCAUUGUGGGUGUAUACAUGAUUACAAAAUUGAAUUUUUGAUUCAAAGUUGUAUGAUGGGAUCUUUUUGUUAUGCAGAUUGCUAUGCAGAUUUGAUUUGUUUAAAUUUUGCAAGUAAAUGACUGGCUUCUCUUUAUUUCCCCCCUCCAUGCCUCCCCCCCCCCCCCUUCCAUGCCCCCCCUAUUAAAUAUAGGGCAUGAGUUCAUUAUAUAAUUGAUUGCAUUUUACCAUCAAGCAAGAUGGAUACUAGAAUUUUACAAAUAAGUUUCAAAUAUUAAAUGAAACUAUAUUCAUUCCACUCUUAUUUGUGGAUAUUCACCACUUUUUGUUUCCUACAGAGCCAAUUUUUCAGGGACCUUAAAUACUUUAUGUGUAAGAAUCUAAGCAAUGCCAUAUCACUUUAGGGGUAAGGGGACACAUUUUAUAAUCUCAUUCUGUGAUGCUUAAUUGUUCAAACCAUGAGUUUUUGGUCAAUAACCCACUGUAUGAUAUCAUUUUCCUUUGUAAGACGCAUGUGCUAUUUAUUGACAGUCAGAUUAAUGUUUGCCUUGGAUUUUGAAGACUAGGAUUUAUCUGCCUGGUAUAUUAGAAAGAAAAAUUACAUGUCAUCAAAUAAUCUCAGAUGUAUUGCUACAUGUGUGUUCUGUGUAAUUUUAAGAUGAAAAUGUAAAGAGCAUGGAUUUACAAGUCUUCCUUUCUGCUAGAAGUACCCAACAAUUGGAAAGACUGCCGAAGUGAGGGGAGUUUUAAAUAUCCUAUAUAUACUCACUCCAUCCAGGGAGAUAAAUGGGUGAAAUAUUUAGGGCUAAUUAGGUCUAGUUAUAAUUUUUCAAUGUCCUGUCAUUUGUACAAAUAAAUAGCAUUUAUUUUUUCAUAUUGUAUGUGGUAAAUUGUUGCAUAUUUUAUGGUUGAGAUUUCUCCCUAGUCCUGGGUAGGUUUGAAGUGAUGGCACCAUAGCUGAAAGUGAGCUAUAUUGUGAAGGGUUGGUGCAUGGUUAUGAAUAUUUAUAAAAUGCCCUAAAUUACAUGGGAUAUUGAUUGAUACUCAAAGCACCUGAAAAAUGUACUUGCUAAAUGUAUCUACAAUAUUCUUGUAGUGGAAGCUUCAGCUUUAGUGAAGGAUACUGAUUUAUGUGGGAAAUAUAAUUUUUAAGCAUUGCAAUCAACAAAACUUUACUUUCCUGGUGGGGAAAAAGUGAAUCGCAUUCACAUUGGGUAGAUUGGAAUAUUGAGAACCCUUUAUUUCAGAAGAAAUUGUUUCUGCUUUCCAACGUUUGUAUCUUCAAUGUUCAAUCUACAAAUAAAUGUUGAAGCUCUAAGUUUAUUACAAUAAAAUAUAAAAUGUUAAAUAUUUAA